AUGAUCAAUCGAUAUUUGAUUGAUAAGGCAAUAGUGAUCAGUUUGCCAAGUGGUGUUGACACUGUCUACAAGUCACAGAUCAAAGGUAGACAACUACUGGACAAUGGCAGUCUAAUACAAAUGCUUAAAUAUCAUGCCACUCAAUACUUUGUACAAACAUUCAAUCAAACAGUCGGACAACUCGGACAGCAAGGCGACUUGUACCCACCCAACGAAACAUUGUUAUCGUCGGCAAUCAAGUAUAACAACACAGUGGCAUUCAAUCUAUUGGUGAGCAAUACGAACAUGGCUUCAUUCAAUGAAGCCUCGACCAUCUUGGCACUCCGCUCAUGCAACCUUGAUAUCCUCCAGGGCUACAUCGCGAUGAAUGGCAAUGGUUACUUGACCGCCGAAUUCAAAGACCUGUGUCCGGCACUAGGCAGGGAUUCACUCUCGUUCAUUGAGCUGGCAUUGCAGCACUUUGACAUUGAGGGCGAGGCAGUGCUCGUGCUCAACAAGCCUGGCAUCCGCCUGGAAGUUGUGCGCUUGCUCCACCAGUACAACAUACUCAAUCAAUCUGGUUGCCUGCUCACAGUCCUAAAUAACGCGGCAAACAACAACAUGAUCGACUGCGUGAGGUACAUGAUGGACAGCCUCCCAGCUGCCAUGACGAUGGCGAACAAUAUCCCCAAGAACUUACUCAAGAUAAGUAUCGAGGGCGGUUUCUCCGAUAUGUUUGAAUAUCUCACUGCGCUGCCAGGUAUGAGCAAUGUAUUUGAUGAUCAUCACUGGGGCAGUCCCGUAUUCUCAAGAUCAAUAGCCAAUGGCCACGUAGACUUUGUCGAGCGCAUCAAGCAAUUAUUCGUCCCUGGCCUAAGCACACCUUAUUACAUACAGAGAUACACCAGUUAUAUUGAUGAGGCAUUGAAUAUUAGGAGGCAACAGAAUCUUGGCACAAGGGUAGACGAUCCAAUGUACAUUGCAUUGGCCAAUGAAGAUGUCGACAAGGUUCGCCAGAUCCUUGAUGGCCAUGGUCAAAAAAAAGUCAAGGUAUAUCUUCGGCUAGAGACACAUCCCAAGUUGUCCCUGCGCAUGGUGGAGCUCCUCGUUGGUCACGAAUCAUGCUCCUUGCAAAUCACUGAGCAGGACAUAUCAAACAUGAUUCAUGGUAUCAAUCGGCCUGGCAAUGCCAUCACAGAGGAGGCCGUCAAACUGAUCAUACAAUCAUGUAACAUCAAAUCAUCACACUAUCACAAUAUUAUGAUGAGGCAAGCGACACGCGUGUCCUUGUCGCUCCUGGAGUUCCUACACAGUACUCUUGGAUGCUCAUACACUCCAAGCAUUCUGGUCGAGGCCAUUCGCUAUGGUCAAGCCGACAUUAUGGAACAUCUCUAUCAAUUGCAUCAAACCUGGAUUGUUGAUUCUCAAGAUUCAAUCGAUGAGCUCAUCACCAAAGGAUCACUCCAGGCAAUCAAGGUUCUGUUCAAAUACAGAGAGUUGAGUGCUGAAGACGUGCCUAACACCCUCAUCAAAGCAAUCGAUAACCCAUCAUCAGAUGUAUUCGAGUUCAUCAUUGACAACAUCGAGCAACGACUGCGCUACGACUACACCACUGCUUCCGACUUGUUACAAUCAAUGGUCAACCGAGCAUGUGAGAUGGACAGACAUCUGAUAUUGAUGUCACUUCAUCGACGCAUCAACCGCGCCUUGCCCAUGCCUUUCCUCAGCAUCCUGGAGAAUGCCUCCCAGGCUAAUGCAUAUCAUUCACUCGAGUACAUCUUUGUGACAAACCCAUCCGCAUCUACCUUUGCCAACAUGACCAAACUGAACAGUCAUCGCACGAUCACUGCAAUUCUACACGUUGCCUAUGACCAAGGACAUACCCGCAUCAUUUUAAUGCUUGACAAACUCCUCAAAGACAUUGCCGCCAACAAGAAGAGGAAACAAGAUGUGUUGAAUGAUGAGACCGACUGCAAUAUGAUUGAGUGCGCAGUGCCCGCUGCUCAAUCACAGCGCAUGGACACAGCUUUCCACACGUUGUUUAGAGACAAACGAUUAUGCAUGAUGAUAAUGGGCUACAUGGGCAAGAUUUAUCGGACUUUGUUUGGUGGUGUCAAGCCAAUCAAAGGACAUGAGCUUCAGGCUAGUGAUGAGCUCAUGGACUAUAUUUGGAAUGGCGCCUCAUCAUGGUUCAUCGACGCCUAUAACACUGUCGCGAGCACAUAUCCACCCAACAAAAAGAUGAUCGAAGUGGCUAUGUGCCAAUCGGACACCAACGCACUCGAGCGCCUCCUUGCCAACCCCAACAUGACGUUGGAUGACCAUCCCGACUCACACAACACUCCUCGAUAUCUGGCACUCAACCUGUCUAGGACGACCAAGUCAUGCGAGUCACUCGCCGAGUUGUUGACAAUCUAUAUGGACAUCACUUGUCGUGCACACCUGGACAUCAGUGGAAGAACUAUGUUGUUUAUACAGCGACCUGCAUUCAUUCGUGCACUACUCAAGGUUGGAGCCACAAUCGAACGACCAGACGACGAUAAAAACAGUCUGCAACAUAUGAUGGACUCGUGGCUAAUUGAUCCGUGGGGUCUGGAGAUGAUCCAAUUGCUAAACGACAACUCUUUGCUCUCACCCUAUCAUCUGAGAGAGCUGCUAACCAUUGCAGUGAGACACAGUGCCACGCCAAUAGUCAAGUAUCUACUCGACAUUGGUAUCGUCAACAGAGAAGAAGAAGAAGAAGAAUCUGAUGUAGAACAAUCACAACCAAUCAUUGUAUCCGCGGCAGAGUCCGGGGAUAUGGAUAUUUUAGACCUUGUGCUCACAGUGACACCUCACAAACAAAUUCCUCGUCGUGACUGGGAGGAUGCAUUUUGCAAGGCAGCAAGCGGCGGUCAUACAUCAGUGGCCAUCAAGAUUUAUGAUCUCAUAAACUUACAACUCCCAGGAUUCGCACGUCCACUCAAAGCCCUCAGCAUGGCCCUCGCGGCUGGCCACCUCGACAUUGUCAACUUCAUCAUCGAUGCACCUCUUCCCAUCAUGGACGACGAUGAUGAUGAUGAUGGAUUCAACGAAGAUGGAGAAGACAAAUAUUUGAUCGUUGACAUCCAUCAUAGUAUCCUCUCUCAAAGACUCAUUCGGAAACUACUUUCAAUCCCCAGCUUAACUUGCAGGUUCGACAAGGUUAUGGCACGAGCCAUAUUGAAAGGCGAUCGAGAACUCAUCAAUAUGUUGGAGCUCAACGAACAAAAGAAGUUCCAGACUGACUACAGAGUGGCAAUGGGCACAGCGGCAAUAGUUGGCGACGACACCACAGUCAAGAUGAUCAUUGAGAAGAGACGUAGAUGGUCACCACUCGGUCGUCUAAGGGACAAGGAUCACGACCCUGACGAUGACACUGGCAGUGUGUUGGAUUCUAGUGGCGACAACGAGGACGAUGACGACAACAAUGACGAUGACGAAGAUGAGAAACCAAUAUGGAAUUACAUUCAACCAUCAGUCGGACACCUGUUGAUCAAGGAGAGUCCCAUCACCAAUUCCGACUACGAGGUGUGUGAAGUGAUUGACUCAUUUGACAAGCCAAACAGCAAGAUGACCGAGGAGCUUGCAUUGGAGUUCAUCAAAUCCUUUCUUGAUAACACGCCUGGCAGUCACAUUGACUUUACCCAGGUCCUGGGUAAAGCUGCCACCAAGUCAUUGGCAUUCAUCAAACCACUCCACGAGUACUUGCUUGGGAAGACCAAUAAUGGAAGCCUCUAUUCCUAUCAGUCCAAACUAUUCAAAUUGAUAAUUGAGCAGUGUUCAGCACGUGGCGACAUAGCUGCCAUCGAGUAUCUAUUGGGUGCACAAAUGGAUGCUCUCAUACUCAGGAAGAACUUGCAGUUGGUAGUGGACAGUGCAUGUAACUGUGACCAAGUCGAUUUACUCAAGUUUGUUCACACUCGAUGGGCCUUGUCCAAUGCUCCACAACAUGGACAACAACAUGGGCAACUAGUACCAUCACUCAAGAGCUUGUAUUCGGCGGCAGACAUCAACAAGUACAAUGUUCUGUCCUAUCUCAUUGGGGAUACACAAUCACCUGGUCCACUCUUAACAUCAAUGGAGCCACUACAUCUCACAAGAGCACUAAAGUUGAUAAGACAACAAGCUUAUGACACUGGAUGCAUGAGGAUCAUAAGGAUGUGCAAUAAAGUACUCUAA